AUGCUUCAAACCCAACUCCAGCUUCAACUCCAAGGCACCAGCAUCUUCCACCAACUCAGCCUACUCAUCGGGUUGAGCUUGAUACUAUGUAUAACAUGGACAGCCUACACCAUUCUAUCCCCGUACCUCCGGGUCAAGGGGAAGCGAAUAUUCAACGACAGAUCAAAAACUGAGCUUCUCUGGACAGGCGCAAGGAAACGCUUCCAGGCGGGCGCGCGAGAUCUCUUCAAGGCCGCGUUCGCGCAGUAUCCGGACGCCUUCUAUAUAAUGACAGACACAGACGUCGAAUUGAUCCUCAACUCGAAGUACGCAGCGGAGGUGCGCAAUGAUAAGCGGUUUGACAUAGGGAAGUAUAAUGAGGAUAUGUUCCACGGGACGAUAGCGGGCUUUGAGAUGUUUGAGGACGAUCAUGUCCUGGAACGGGUUUUUGUUGAGACGGUGAGGAAUAAGUUGACGAGGGCCAUUGGCAAGUUCGUCGAGCCCAUAUCCCAAGAAGCCGCCGACGGGCUACAAAAGCAAUGGACCGACAACACAGAAUGGCACGCCCUCCCACUCCACCAAAGCAUCCUCCGCACAAUCUCCCAACAAUCAUCACGAGUCUUUCAAGGGUUCCCACUCUGCCGCAACCCAGACUGGCUGCGCAUUACGGUAAACCAUACAGUGACAUUCUUCGAAGCGGCCGAAUCGCUGAAAGUAUGGCCUCAUCCGCUCCGGCCUCUUGCGGCUAAGUUUCUACCUCUGUGUAGGAAGCUUCGUGCUGAGGCGGAGGAGGCGAGGAGUAUCAUUGCCCCUGUGCUGCAGGAGAGACGGGCAAGGAAAGCACAGCAAGCCCAACAAACCAGAGAAAAAGAAGUAGUGAAUACGAAUGAGGAGGAGGAUGAAGAGGACGAAGACGAAGACAAGGAAACACCAGGCGAUAUGAUCGAGUGGGCCGAACAAACAGCCAACGGCGCGAUAUACGACCCUGCGCUGCUGCAAAUGAAAGUCUCGCUUGCGUCUAUCCACACUACAUCGGACCUCGUCAGCCAGGCCAUCUUCAAUCUAUGCAGUCGGCCAGAGUUAGUAGAUGACCUUCGCAAAGAGGUCAUCGCGGUGAUUGGGCAGCAAGGCUGGGUGAAAACGGCGAUAUAUCAGCUGAAAUUAAUGGACAGUGUUUUGAAAGAGACGCAGCGGUUGAAGCCGAUUUCUAUUGGCACAAUGGUGCGCACCACAACGUCCCCCGUAACAUUCACCGACGGCCUGCAAGUCCCCCCAAACACUCGAACCCUAGUAUCCUGCCACAACAUGUGGACCGACGCCGUGCACGCCAACGCCGCUGAAUUCGACGGGUACAGGUUCCUGAAGCUGCGCCAAAAGCCGGGCCAGGAAAACUGGACGCAGCUUGUAUCGACCAGUAACAACCACCUUGGCUUUGGACACGGGAUGCAUGCGUGCCCGGGGAGGUUCUUUGCUGCGACCACGGCUAAAGUGCUCCUUGCGCAUGUCGUGCUCAAGUAUGAUUUGAAGCUGCUUGAUGGUGAGAAGCCGGAUAUUAUUGAGCAUGGGGCAGCGCAGUAUGCGAAUGUUUGGUGUGGUAUUGGCGUUAGGAGGAGGACGGAGGAGAUUGAUCUUGCUUGUCCGGUGGCUACUGUAUAG